ACAGCCCCCCCCGGGAAGGAGCAGAGAGCGGAGCAGGCAGCAGGAAGCGGCUGUCCGUCCAUCUCUCCAUCCAGACCCGUCCAGCCGGUCUCCAUCCUCCCAGUCCCCGGCUCAUCCCCGACUCACCUCCGACUCACCCCGACUCACCCUCCGCCAUGAACUUCCUCCGGCGCCGGUUGUCGGACAGCAGCUUCAUCGCCAACCUCCCCAAUGGUUACAUGACCGACCUGCAGAGACCCGAACCCCCCCAGCCACCUCCACCUACCGGACCGGAACGGAGACCCUCCGGACAGACGGCGGGGGGAUUCUUCUCCUCCAUCUCCAAUGCGGUGAAACAGACGGCGGCCUCGGCUGGGCUGGGAGAGCAGAGUGCGGGGGGCCCCGGGAGAAGGUCCCGAAUACUGCUCAUCAUAGAUGACCCCCAUACCGACUGGGCAAAAUGUUUUAGAGGAAAGAAGCUUCAAGGGGACUAUGACAUACGGAUUGAACAGGCUGAAUUUUCAGAAAUAAAUCUUGUUGCUCAUUCUGAUGGGACUUAUGCUGUAGACCUGCAGGCCUUCCGGAAUGGUGCCAAAGUUGUCCGGUCAUUUCGGCCAGAUUUUGUCUUCAUCCGACAACAUUCUUUUAGCAUGGCAGAAAAUGAAGACUUCCGCAACCUUAUUAUUGGCAUGCAGUAUGCUGGUAUCCCCAGUGUCAACUCUCUGGAGUCCAUUUAUAACUUCUGUGAUAAGCCAUGGGUGUUUUCCCAACUCAUAGCUGCUUAUAAAACGAUGGGAGCCGAAAAAUUUCCAUUAAUUGAUCAGACAUACUAUCCCAACCACAAGGAAAUGCUUGCAAUGCCAACAUUUCCUGUUGUGGUGAAGAUCGGACAUGCCCAUUCCGGAAUGGGAAAGGUGAAAAUAGAAAACCACUAUGACUUCCAGGAUAUUGCCAGCGUUGUGGCCUUGACACAGACCUAUGCCACCACUGAACCCUUCGUAGAUUCUAAAUAUGAUAUCAGGAUUCAGAAGAUAGGAAAUAACUACAAGGCGUACAUGAGAACCUCAAUAUCAGGUAACUGGAAGACAAACACUGGGUCUGCCAUGCUAGAACAGGUGGCAAUGUCAGACAGGUACAAGCUGUGGGUUGACACAUGUUCCGAAAUCUUUGGUGGUCUGGAUAUUUGUGCUGUAAAGGUGGUACAUGGGAAGGAUGGAAAGGAUUAUAUCAUUGAGGUUAUGGACUGCACAAUGCCAGUGAUUGGUGAGCAUCAAGCAGAGGAUCGACAAACAAUUGCUGAUUUAGUUGUGAUCAAGAUGAAUCAGGCUCUGUCCAAAACUCCAAUUCCCUCUCCACAGAGAACAACAGCAACCACCCAACCACAGAGCGGAAUGAUGAAAGAAUCUGAACUGAGCAAGAUUCCAGCCCAACGACCUCCACCUCAAGGUUGUUUGCAGUACAUUCUCGACUGUAAUGGCGUUGCAGUAGGACCAAAGCAAGCCCAGGCUGUGUGAGGGGUUGUUGAAGAGGGAGUCUAGCCAAACAAAAAAAAAACAAAAAAAAAUCCAAAAUUUUGUGCAGUUCUUGCCAUGUUUCAGUGCUGACCUGGACUGUGUUUUUCUAUGCAGUGUCCCCUCUUUGUCUAGUCCGUCUCUUCCUUCUGUUUGCUCCUGUGAUGCUACUUCUCUAUCUCCAUUAACCUUGUGAUUCCAAGCUGAUGUUAAUAGUAUACACAGAAUUGUGCCUCUUUCAAGUCCAACCUGACUGUUUAUUAUGACUUUUUUUAAUGUUUUGUGGGGAAUAAUACCUGACUCCAGUUUCAUAGUUUGGGUGUGCGUGCGUAUGAGAACACGUGAUCUGAACACGACCAUUUGCAUGACAUGGUUAGGAAGCCCUAUUCAUUAUAAAUACAGGCUUAUCGGAAUCCUUUGAUUCUGGGACUUUUUUAAUUUUAUAGAACUUGCCGUCAUUGUACUUGUAGGCAUGGGUAGACAUUGUAAUCAUGGACUUUAGUACCGUCUGUUCUGUGACUUCAUAAAAGAACAAUCUCAUGCAGGUGUGUGUAUAUAUUUUUUUUUUUUGCAAUCUUGUGUAAGUGUGAUUUGCACGGAUAGGCCACUAGUGCAAUAUUUGUGAACAAGUGUAAAAUGUUUCUUUGUAGUCCAUAUUUUUUUGUCCUGGCUUGUUUGGCUUUGUAAGAGUACCAAGCAAGUGAUUGAACAUUCCUGUAGCUAAAAGAUUGUGAGUUCCUCACAUUACUUUUAUUUGUUGUCAGACUGAAAUGUAAAUAUGAUUGAGAAGUUCCGAUUAUAUAUGUUGACUUCUCUUACAUGUAUCUCUCAAUAGCCAUAAUGAGUGAUGUGACUCACAUAGUUUUUUAGCUUUGCACUACCCAAAGAGGCAAUAGGCAAUCAUGCUGCUCUUAGAAUUUAUGGGUACAGCUGCUACUGCCUUUCAGUCUUGUGUUGAUUCAAAGACUAUAAUAUCUUAUGAAAGGGUCAGCAACAUAUAGGUUCAUAUAAAGAAUGUGGGGGCAACUACCCCUGUAAAGAGACUUCCUAUGAGGAGGUAUAUGAGUUUUAUGAGGUCUAUGAGUUGGGUAACCGCUGAUAUUUUUAAAUAUAUACUGUAUAUCUUACCACAACUCAUUCUUAAUUCUAGUGUGCAGAGUUUUACGCUGUUAGAAUGGAUAUUUCUUAGUUGUCUGAGACAACAGAAACACCACACUGCAUGUUAUUAGUUUUUUUUUGUUUGCUAAGUGGAAUGUAGAAUUAUAUUGUUACAUUCAAUUACUAGUGUGAUGUGUGUGCUCAUGAAUUUGUCAACUGAUGCUGUUGUUUGGUCAACUGCUCAAUGUGGUCGCUGGUUAAAUGCUUUUAUUAGUCACUUGGCUACCCAGCCAUAAUAACUGUUGAGUAUUGGCAGAAAUGUUUUCUGAUUGUGGUCUAUCAAGUGUCAUCUAGGAAGGACAGUACAAGUUUAUACUUGCAUGUUGGCCGCCAAUUACAAUAUAUGGCCAAAGGUAUGUAGACGCCCGACCAUCACAUCUUUAUGAAUACGUUGGACUUCCCAUUCCAAAACCAUGACCAUUAAUAUAGAGUUAUCCUCCCUUUGUGGCUUUAAUAUCCCCCACUCUUCUGGGAAGGCUUUCCAAAAUAUUUUGGAGUGUAUCUGUUGCAUUUUGAGCCCAUCAGCCAAAGGAGCAUUUGUAAGGUCAGAUACUGAUAAUCAAAAGACAGGGCUUGCAUUGGAGUUCCAGUGUAUCCAAUGGAAUUUAAUAUGGUUGAGGUCAGGGCUGAAUAUAGAAUACUCAAGUUUCUUACACCAGACUCGUCAAAUCAUGUCUUUGUUAACCAUAGCUUUUACAUACAGAGGCACAGUCAUGGUGGAAAAGAAAGGGACCUUCCCCAAACGUCAUGGUUGUUUAAAAUCUCUUUUUAUCCUGUAGUAGUACCCUACUACUGGAAACACAUGAACUCAAUCAUUUGGAAGGGUGUUUGCAUACUUUGGGCCAUGUAGGUAAGUGGAAUGCUCAGGUGUACAUAAGUGUUUGGCCAUUGGCUUUAUUCAGUAAUGUAGCCAAUGAGAAUUCUGGAUGUACUGAAUAAGAUAUGUCCUAUUGUGCAAUCUCCUGCCUCUUUCUCCCUUUCUUCAACAUUCUCCUAAAAACAUGUUACUCAUAGAUAUAGCUAAUGGUAUAAAAAGUUACACGGUAAAUAGCCUUAUCCUUAUUUGCUUCAGACCGUACUACUGUUUGAUUAUACCAACGCCAAAGUUUCAGCAUGCUGAAUGGGCAGGAGAUGGUACCAGGACAUGCAUGUCUCAACUUGCACCUUUUUGUACAGGAAAGAACAAAUGAGAGGGGCAGCAAACAGAAUGGUUUAGUACGGGUGCUGGCAAGGGUGACUUUUGGCACUAUUUGUGAAGCACCAUUAUUUAGACUUGCUAUCUUAGGAUUCUAUCAUACUUUUAAAGGCAUCCCUUUUUUAUGCCCUCUAUUCAUAUAUAUUUUUUGUUUAAUAAUUCUGAGGUUGAACAUUUGUGCUAUAUUGAUUGUGGGUCACAGCCACAUUCAUUUCACUGUCUGUAUCGUGAUGACUUGUUGAAUGUUACAAAUGCUUGCUGUCAUUCUGCUGCUCCAUUAAAAGGCCUACAUCUUUAGAACAACAUCAUCUAAGGGCUGAUAUCACUGUCCAGUGGUAGAAUACAUGACACUUCCGCUCGAAACACAUUCUUUCACCUCCCAUAUCUUGAAAAUCGGGGAGGAGAUACAAAAACGGGCUUGAGGAAUACAAUUGUUUGGGUUUACUGUACAACAAAGAUCAUCCCACAUCCUUUUUAUUGUGCCUGAAUUAAUAAUUAAAUAGUGAUUGUAGAUUCCAUUACUGUGGUUAAAGGGUUAGUUGUACCAAAUCUGAUUGCUCAGUUAUGCCUGGGUGCUGGUGAGAAUAAUUGUUGCAUAUUAUAAAUGUAGAGGACCACAGCACAGAGCUCACCCCUUGGAUGUUCUUACUCUGUUCUCUCCGCUUUAUAGCCAUAAUUUAUCCUGCCCAGUGCUUAAUGAAGGUACUAUCCUGAUCCUUCAAGCAAGAGCUACAAGGGCAAUUUUCAUGAACUGAAUACCGCUGCUAAGAUCAAUAGAAUUUAUUUGAUAUGAGUAAUGAUCAAUUGAACAGAUGGAACAAUAGACUUUUUACAGUUUAAAUUACAUAAAAUGUAGUAGCCAAUAAUCUCAUACCAGCAAACAAUGCUCCAAUUGUGCGCAAUUUAUCUCUGCGACAUGCUUCUUGCGUAGGUGUAGCUUGCUGCAUAGGGAGCUAUUUGUUCUAUUGUAUCUGUUCAGCUUUGGAUGGCUUUUCUUCCAUCAUCCACGUAGCUCUAGCCUGAGGAUUCCAUGGUACUGCUGCAGAGACACUAGCAGGGAGAGCAUGACAUGGGGUAAUCUCUUUGAUGUCGGUCCACUCAAAUGAUGGAACCUACUAGUGUUUGCUGUAAACUGAGUUGUUUUUGGCAAAUUUACGUUUUGACAGCUGUAUCAGUUUUUUUUUCCGGAGACGUUAAACCUUGCUAUUGCCAUUAAAUAGUGUCAGUUUUUCAUCUUAUGCUCUAAUCUGUUCAUGCUUGUUUUGUGCGAAUUCCACCGCCAGCCCAUUAUUGUUCGCUGUAUACAAUGUGGCAGUCAAAAUAAGCCAAGGUGGGGAAAGCUAGUUCUCUAUACCAGAAAGUGUUAUUUUAUAACUUAUAUAAAUCUAUGGACUGCCACUGGUAACAUUUGAGAUCAUAUUUCUGGCAUGUAAGCAUGUUUCAGUGCAGUGUUGUGGGAAGCAGGCCAGUCGUCUUAAAAUGUAGAUUCAUGUACUUUUGGUUUUAGUAAAAAAAUGUUUUUUGUUUCUGUUAGUUUUUUUUUUUUAUUUGUACAAAGCCAGUUGUAUGACACAGAGUACACGAUGGAUGUUUGACUGCAGUGAUUAAUGUGAAAUAUCUUGUACAGCUUAAUGUGCAAUAAAGGAAAUAAUAUCUGCC